CCUGGUGCCGGCCCGGCCCGGCUGGAUCCCGCCGAUGGCGGCGGCUGGGGCCCGAGCGGGCCCCAAAACCUCACCCUCAAGAAACGAGGUUCCUGUUCGGGGCCUGGCCGGCAUGGGGGCGACCGUCUUCGUGCAGCCCCUCGACUUGGUGAAGAACCGCAUGCAGCUGAGCGGGGAAGGGGCCAAGACCAAAGAAUACAAAACCAGCUUUCACGCUGUCAGGAGCAUCCUCAGGAAGGAAGGCAUCCGUGGCAUCUACACUGGGCUGUCGGCAGGGCUUCUGAGACAGGCAACCUACACCACCACCCGUCUGGGCAUCUACACCAUCCUCUUUGAGAAGCUCACCAAGGCGGACGGCACGCCGCCCAACUUCUUCAUGAAGGCAGGGAUUGGCAUGACGGCGGGGGCCACCGGGGCCUUUGUGGGGACGCCGGCUGAGGUGGCGCUCAUCAGGAUGACGGCGGAUGGCAGGCUGCCCCCCGACCAGAGGAGAGGCUACACCAAUGUCUUCAACGCGCUGCUGAGGAUAACCCGCGAAGAGGGCGUGCUGACACUCUGGCGGGGCUGUGUCCCCACCAUGGCCAGAGCGGUGGUCGUGAACGCUGCCCAGUUAGCCUCCUACUCGCAGUCCAAGCAGUUCCUGCUGGGCUCCGGUUAUUUCCGAGAUAACAUCUUCUGCCAUUUCUGUGCCAGUAUGAUCAGCGGGCUGGUGACCACUGCUGCUUCGAUGCCAGUGGAUAUUGCCAAGACCAGGAUUCAGAACAUGCGGACGAUUGCCGGGAAGCCAGAGUACAAGAACGGUCUGGAUGUGCUGCUGAAAGUCAUCCGCUAUGAGGGGUUCUUCAGCCUCUGGAAGGGCUUCACCCCCUACUAUGCCCGCCUGGGCCCCCACACCGUCCUGACCUUCAUCUUUCUUGAGCAGAUGAACAAAUUCUACAAGAAGUUCUUCCUCAGUGCCUAAGAGGAGGCCCUGCCACAGCUGGGCACCCCCUCCCCAGACCGCAGCACCUCCCCCAGGCCAGCAUGUGCCUGCUGCUGGGGAACCAGACCCGGCUCUCACCGGGGUCUGAAGCGAGAAUUCGGCUGGAGCCCCUCCCCUUCCUGUGUGUUUGGUGUCAGUCACGUCACCGUUCUUCCGUUUGUUUCCUGAAUCACGUGAACGGAGCGGUGGGGAGGCUGGCACAGCUUCUGUCUGGACUGGGGUGGGGUGCUCCAGACCUCUCUGGAUUAUUUAUUGGGGGGCCCCAAAACUGGGCCAGUACCUUCCAACGCAAGCCCUCGGGUAGCAAUGGCCGACCUGCGUGCGAGUUGUAGGUCUGUGCGUUGGGCUGAGGAUUUUUUCUUGUCUCUUCCCCUUCUAUUUGCUUUGAACUCAGUAAACAGAUCAUGGUCCUAUG